AUGGUUGAUGGACCACAUUGGAAGGAUAUUGAUCGGGUUUUAAUUCCCAUCAACAUACCGCACCUGCAUUGGUAUUUGGCUGAUUUGGAUCUCCUUACAUGGAAAAUGAGCAUAUAUGAUUCAGCCGAAUGGUGUGGUUUUUUUAAAACAUAUGCGGGUGACGGUAGUUUCAAAUUGUUGGGAGAUAGUAUAUUAAGUGAACUAGACCACAUAUCAUAUUGGGCCCAUUUUCCCAAUAGACAUAAACCUACUAAGAUGGAAUUCGUUAAAGCUAAACAUGUGACGCAGCAGGAAAAAGUAAAAGAAUGA